GAGACACGGCUUGGGCGCUUGGGCUAGCUGUACACACACACAAACAAACCUCACUCACUGCCCGCAAGGGAGCAGCUCAUCAGCUCAGACCUUGCAGCAGCUUGCAAGAGGCCUAUAUAUUCAGGCACCCUUCUUCCAGCUACCAUUCAAAGCUCAGCGCAACCACCUUAGCUCCUGGCACGCUGCGAGUGUGAGUGGCCAUUUCAAGAACAGGACAGGCUGUUCGUUUCAUCCUUGGAGGGAGAGGCCGGCCUUGUUGACGGUGAUAGGAUUCGAUCACACAGCUCGGUUCGCAGAGCUUUCAGGCGCCAUGGGAGGCACCCUGGAGUUCUUGUCCGACCUGCUCGGUGGCGGCGGCGGCAGCCGCCGGCGGUACAAGAAGAGGAAGCAGUUCCAGACGGUGGAACUGAGGGUGCGCAUGGACUGCGACGGCUGCGAGAUGAAAGUCAAGAACGCCCUCUCCAGCAUGAAAGGGGUGCAGUCGGUGGAGAUCAACCGGAAGCAGUACAAGGUGACGGUGCAGGGGUACGUGGAGCCGCACAAGGUGGUGAAGCGCGUGCAGGCGACGGGGAAGAAGGCCGAGAUCUGGCCGUACGUGCCCUACAGCCACGUCGCCCACCCCUACGCCGCGCCGGCCUACGACAAGAAGGCGCCGCCGGGGUACGUGCGCAGGGUCGACGCCGUCAUGCCGGUCUCCAGCUACGGCGGCCCCACGGCGGCCGGGCCGCAGGAGGAGCGGCUCGUCACCAUGUUCAGCGACGACAACCCCAACGCCUGCUCCAUCAUGUGAUCAGAUCAUCAGCUAGCUCUUAGGAAACUGUGGAUUAAUGUGCUGGUGCUGCGAUGAUGUUCGUGUUCAUGGUGGUGACACACAUGUAUGCACGUAGCUGCCUGGAGUAUAUGUUUGUGUAAGUUAAUGUAUAGAAGUUUGAGAAAGAUGGCAUGGGAGAAGGGAAAAUUUCUAGAGUUCGUCUC